GUUUUCAUUAAGGCAUUUUGAAGGUUGAGAGAGAAGGCAGAAAGAGAGAAGCCAUUGGCAGCGGCCUGAAGCUAGUUCAAACUAGUGGAAGGUUGUGUGGAAAAUGGCUCGUGGGAAGGUUCAGAUGAAGAGGAUUGAGAACCCUGUGCACAGGCAGGUUACCUUCUGCAAGCGCCGCGCUGGGCUCCUUAAGAAGGCCAAGGAGCUCUCUGUGCUGUGCGAUGCUGAAAUUGGUCUUUUCAUUUUCUCCGCCCAUGGAAAGCUCUAUGAACUCGCCACUAAAGGAACCAUGCAAGGGCUUAUUGAAAGGUACAUGAACCACACCAGUAGGACUCAGCCACCGGACCCAUCCAUUGAAAACCAAACCCUGGAAAUAAAGGAGGAGGUCAACAGGCUGAAACAAGAAAUUGAAGUCCAAAAGGGUCUCAGGAACGCAUUUGGAGGAGGAGCUGAAGGAAUGACAUUGGAUGAGCUUGAUAUGUUUGAGAAGCAACUUGAGAUUUGGAUUUGUCAAGUGCGUUCUACAAAGAUGAAGUUCAUGUGUCAAGAGAUUGAAGCAUUGAAAAACCAGGAUUUAAUGCUGAAAGCUGUCAAUAAGUAUCUUCAUGAUAAGAUGGAGGAAAACAUUGGCUACACUACUAACAUUGAAGCUGUGAAUAAUAAUACUAACUUUCAAUAUCCACUAACUAUACAGGAUGAGUUAUUUCAGCUUUGCACUUGAAUUAGAAGCUAGAAAAAGCAUAUGUUAUAUAUUUAUAUCUAUGUUUCAAUUAAGAAACCUAGCUAGCUAUUUACAUUGUAAGGUUGAGGGUGCUGUUCUGAUAUUUUAGCGGACUUUAAUGAUGUUCUAAUAAUGACAAUAUGUACACAUUGCUAAUUGCAUUGUCCUUAUAUGUGUAAGGCAAUGGAUUAGUGUUAUCAUUGUGAAAUUGUUACUCUUUUCAGUAAUAAAACUACUGUUGUUGUGUGGGUUUAAUAA